CUAGCCAGCCAUGCCAUAUUUCUGUUUCCUGAUGACGGCCCUGGGCGUGACAGCGGGUGCGCAUCGCUUAUGGAGUCACCGUUCCUACAAAGCCAAGCUGCCUUUGCGGAUCUUUCUGGCGGCAGCUAACUCCAUGGCUUUCCAGAACGAUAUCUAUGAGUGGAGCCGAGACCACCGCGUUCAUCACAAGUACUCGGAGACAGAUGCAGACCCGCACAAUGCCCGCCGCGGCUUCUUCUUCUCCCACAUUGGCUGGCUGUUUGUGCGUAAGCACCGGGACGUCAUAGAGAAGGGGAGGAAACUGGAUUUCACUGACCUGCUGGACGAUCCCGUCGUCAGGUUCCAAAGAAAGUACUAUAAGAGCUCGGUAGUGCUGAUGUGCUUUGUGAUCCCUACCUUCGUGCCGUGGUACCUCUGGGGCGAGAGUCUGUGGAACGCCUACUUUCUCGCCUCCAUCCUCCGGUACACCAUCUCCCUCAACGUCACCUGGCUGGUCAACAGUGCAGCUCACAUGUACGGCAACCGCCCUUACGACAAGUACAUCAGUCCCAGGCAGAACUCCUUCGUCACUCUGGGAGCCAUUGGUGAGGGUUUCCACAACUACCACCACACCUUCCCAUUCGACUACUCAGCCAGUGAGCUGGGCCUGAAGUUCAACCCAACCACCUGGUUCAUUGACUUCAUGUUUUGGUUGGGGUUAGUUACUGACCGAAAACAGGCUCCAAAGGAGAUGAUCCAGGCUCGCAAAGAAAGGACUGGAGAUGGCAGUGCUUAAAAGAGUAACGCUUCUCUGUAUGUCAGUGCUGUUGUAUAUGUGUGUGUUGGGGGGGGGGAGGUGUACGCAUGCCCUUGUGCGUGCAUUGGAUUUAUUUUCUUCUGGUAAAAAUUAGUUUUUUCAGAUCAGUUGGGCCAAAACAAUUCCUGAGGUGACUCUCUCAGGAAAAGAUUCAGCCCCAGCUUUUUUUUCCUCUAUUAGCUGUCUCAUGUCCAAACUUCAGACUAGUAAGUGUAAAAAUGUUAUAUAUUAUUUAAUAUUAGCGUUAAACAUGAGAGAGAUUUGGUUUUAGUCACUGUAGUUCUUGUCCAAAUACAUUGUAAUUUGCUUGUUCCUGGUAAACUUGGCAGGUUUGAGGAACUAGCUAUCCUUUCAAGUGCAGUUCAGGGGAAAGUUUUUGUUUCUACUAUUCAUCGAACAUGCUUUUGAGACACGUUUCUUGGAGGGGACAAGUCAGGGCCCAGUGUGCUGUUUCAGCUACAAACUAAUGGAAAGGAACACUAACAGCACUGUGUUGUGCUAUGUACAGUAUGUGUAAGGGGAAUAAUCGGCCUAAAAUUAGUUAGACGUUUGUUUGAAAAUCUACUUUCUUCUUUAUGUUAGCCCUGUUAGCCAGACCAACGCGCUACUGUCUUUGCUAAACAUGAAAACCAUUUUCUGCUGAGCAGGCUUUUGUGUUGAAAAUUAGUCUCUAUACAGGCCAAAAUACAAACUGAUGCUAACAUUGAGAUGAUUCCUUUGUUGUUGCAUAUACGUUGUAAUUUGUAAAGGUAUAGAGCUCAACAAUGUCUUAAGCCAAAUAAAGCUUCGAUUUCCAUGUUUGGAGACCUAACUUAUGUUCUGAUCAGUCAUGGCCAUCGAUGCAUGCAUAUUUUAGCUCCUUUUGCACAAGAAGCCUCUUAAUUUCUUUUUCUGCCUUUGACUAUCGGGUCUUUGAAAGCUGACCUUUACCCAAGUCAGAGUCUCUAUUAAAAUUUCAGCUGCAUGCAACAUCCAUUGGUUUCUGAGCAAAAUAUAAAGACAGUUACAUAGCUUCUGAAUUUAACAGUUGCCUUGUUUAAAAAAAAAAAAAGAAAAAGAAAAAGAAAAAAAAAAAGCAUGUGGAAUUAGUGGGACAUAUAGCCUUUUGUGUUAGAUGUUAGCCAGUGCAGGAGAGAAACUUUGUACUGUCAGCACUGGAGCACUUUUGAAGAUAGAGGGCAUGAUUUUCAUUUAUAUGUAAGGUCACUGUUCUGCCCCUCCUGAGAGGGAAUGCCCAUUUCCUGGCUUCCUCAGAUCCACAUCCCGGGCAAGGCAGUGAUCUCAGGAUAACUGAGAGUCAGGCCAGAUAUUUUCAGGAAAGAUGUAGAACUGAAAAAAUAAAUAAAUAAAUAAAAAUUCUUUUUUUUGUUGUUUCUUGUUUUCUAAAUGAUGCCAUAUAAUAUAAAAAAGUUGUCUUUAUUCUGUAUUUCAUCCGGCAGGUGUUUUAACAGUGUUACUUUGCCAUUAAUGAUGUGUAAACUCUCGAGUGAUUUACAAUAAACAGUUAUGAAUUA